GGCUCGGCGCGCCCGGGCGUCAGUCGGGCCGCGGCGACGGCGGCAGGAGCGCGUCCCGGCGCCGCCUCGGGGUUUCUCGGUUCCCGGGCUGCUCCUGGAAGAGAAGAGCGAGGCGAGGCGCAGGGCCCGCGGGCCGGGCGCAUGGCUUAGGGACGUCCCCGCCCGCCGCGCCCCCAGCAUGGGGAAACUUCACUCCAAGCCGGCCGCCGUGUGCAAGCGCAGGGAGAGCCCGGAAGGUGACAGCUUCGCGGUGAGCGCUGCCUGGGCUCGGAAAGGCAUCGAAGAGUGGAUCGGGAGGCAGCGCUGCCCCAGCGGCCUCUCGGGACCCCGGCAGCUGCGGUUGGCAGGCACCGUUGGUCGAGGCACCCGGGAGCUCGUGGGCGAGGUUUUCAGAGAAGAGCCAAGUGAGGAGGAAGAGGACUUCCGGCUAGAAGUGGCCCUGCCGCCUGAGAAGACUGAUGGCCUGGGCAGUGGAGAUGAGAAGAGGAUGGAGAAAGCCAGUGACUCUUGCCCAGCCUCCAAGAAGCAGUUGAAAUUUGAAGAGCUACAGUGUGAUGUGUCUGUGGAGGAGGACAGCCGGCAGGAGUGGACCUUCACCCUGUACGACUUUGACAACAACGGCAAGGUCACCCGUGAGGACAUCACCAGCUUGCUGCACACCAUCUAUGAGGUGGUCGACUCUUCCGUGAACCACUCCCCGACGUCAAGCAAGACUCUGCGGGUGAAGCUCACUGUGGCCCCAGAUGGGAGCCAGAGCAAGAGAAGCACCCUUGUCAACCAGGCUGACUUGCAGAGUGUGAGGCCCAGAGCAGAGACCAAACCUGCUGAGGAGCUUCGAAGUUGGGAGAAGAAGCAGCGAGCCCCGCUCAGGUUCCAGGGUGACAGCCGCCUGGAGCAGUCUGGCUGCUAUCACCACUGCGUGGAUGAGAACAUCGAGAGGAGAAACCACUACUUAGAUCUCGCAGGGAUAGAAAACUACACAUCCCAGUUUGGGCCUGGCUCCCCUUCAGUGGCCCAGAAGUCAGAACUGCCCUCCCGCACCGCCAACCCUACUCGAUCUCGCUCCCACGAGCCAGAAGCCAUCCACGUCCCACACCGGAAGUCCCAAGGUGCGGACCCAGGCUCCUUCCACUUCCUUGACACCCCAUUUGCCAAGGUCUCGGAGCUCCAGCAGCGGCUUCGGGGCACGCAGGAUGGGAGCAAGCACUUUGUGAGAUCCCCCAAGGCCCAGGGCAAGAGCAUGGGUGUGGGCCAAGUGGCCAGAGGGGCCAGAAGCAAACCCCCUCUGGCACCUGCUGUCCCUACCGUGCCCUCCUCUGCCCACCUGGCUGGCAGUCCAGCCCUUCUCCCCAGCCUGGCGCCCCUGGGGCACAAGAAGCACAAGCACCGAGCCAAGGAGAACCAGCCGGGCUGCCGGGGCCUGCAGGCACCACUGGCCACUGGGAGUGCCGUCUUGGGACGGGAGCAGGUGAGGGAGCUGCCCGCCGUGGUGGUGUAUGAGAGCCAAGCUGGGCAGGCGGUCCAGAGACAUGAGCACCACCACCACCAUGAACAUCACCACCAUUACCACCACUUCUACCAGACCUAGAGCCUCACCAGGGCCUUCCGCCAUAUGAAGGACCCUCCCUGACACCCCAAGGCAUUAUUAUUCUAUUAAUUAUUGUUAUUAUGAUGAUUAUUGUUAUUAAUAAUUAUUGUUACUCCACUAAUAUUUAGGUAGCCUUCAUGUAGGAGAUAUAUGGAAACACAGAACUAAACUUUAAUUUAUAUGUGGGACUGUGUAACUUACCUGAGAACUGACUGUGGGUUGGGACUGCAGCCACAGGAGCCCCCAGCCCCAACUCCGCCCCCCAGUCUCUUCCAGGAGAACCCCUUUCCCCUGUCCAGCUUCGAGGCCCUCAAAUCUCCAAUAAGACAAACAGCUGCUACCUCUUAGUUCCUCCAAUUCAGUUUUGCCCUCACCUGAUUGCAUUGCGCUCCCAGGGAUUUCAGCGGACUACAGAUGUGCGACCUCCUUGCUGUUGUUUUUAUGUCGGAACCUUAGCUGUCCUUUCUGGAGUCACCUUUCAUGCCUUUCCAGUGGAAUCAUGCUCCUUGCCUCAAACCAGCCUCAGCUUUUUUGCCAUGUGCAACACAAAAAUACACUUCUCCUUCUCCUCUUUCUCCUUUCUUCUUUCAAAGAUGCACACAGGUUAAGGACCGUCCCUGUAACCAUCCACUAUGCUUCUCAUUUUGGAAACUGCUGGGGAAAACCAGCUACAUAAACAAGCAGGUUUUCCAGGAUCAAGCAAUUGUGUGGUGUUGGUUGUGACUGAGCAUAUGGAAAUGUGGUGUUUUAACAUUAGCAAGCACAUACCUACGUGGUUCUUGGCAGCUUUCUGUGCUUUAGGUAGAUGCUGCUGCCUGUGUCUCUGUACCUUUUCAUAAAUAUGCUCUCAGGUAUUUUUGCUGAUGUGCAAGACUGAAGGUCUGCUUCUCUGGGUGUUUCCUGAGUCCAGAUGUGACCAUGUGUGUUUGCUGAUGGGGCUGAUGUCCAUCAGAUACAAAUAGCCACUUGCCUCUCCUCGAAGGACCUUUCUCAGGGCUUGGGGUCUGCAGAUUUGAAGAGACCUGUUAGAGUGUAGAAGCUCAGAGGACUGCGGACGGUGGUCCGAGUUAGGAUCCUGAGUAACCAUCUUCCACAGAGUAGGGUUUCGUGUAGCCAGGGCCUGGGGAGACCAGGAAAUAGACUACUAUUAACCAUAAAACUGAUUCCAUACUCAAAUUGGGUAAUUUGAGGAGAGUUGAAUAAAGGGUUAUUGCCAAAGUGUCUUCAGAACCUCAGGAUGGCAUUGUGGUGGGCUACUCUAACCCCUGGGCCUGAGGUGGGCCAUCUUCCAAAUUGGGCUGGGCACUGAGGACACCUGAAGGAGCCAUGAUCUUUGCUCAAGGGAUGCAUCCAGCUAUGGGGACCUGCCAGGGAGACAAACAUCCUCGCCCUUCUCUGCUCUGAGUCCUGGUGAAGACAUUUGCAGCCAGGGGACCAGGGAGCUUGGCAGUGUGGGUCUUCAGAGCAGUGAAUCCAGAUAUCAGCUGCCCUCAGCUGCCCUCUUUUUCUGCUGCACUGUCCCCUGAUUGGGACCCUUGAGCUAAAUUAAUGUAGUUAGCAAGCAGUUAUUUCUGAAGGUAGCGAGUUUGAGUUGUAUUCUGUGAGAUACAUCAGUACAGGACCUCCCUACAAGACAGGCCGCGCAAGGUCAGGGAGUGUGUCUGUAGCUCAGAGAGGGUAAGGCAUUCUUUGGAGACCACAUAGGAGGUAGUAGUGCUGGGAUUCUAGUCUCCCGUAGGAUCCCUUAACCACUGUGUAGGGUGUAACUCUAUCCAGUCAGGAUCCACCUCAAGUGAGGUAAAUAUACCCAGACUAGCAAAGGAGGGAGCUGGCUUGAGAUAACAGGAUCCAGGUAUGAAUGAAGCUGGGGCUUGGUUUUGUCUUUCCCUCUCUGGCCUCCCUGUGUCAAGCCCUGGCUGUGGAAUCCUGGGUCCCACAGCAGAAGGGAAGGUUCUUUUACUAGAGAAAAGCCCUGCAAAGACACGAAUUGGUUUAGACCAUCCCUGGAUCAGUCACCAUGACCUGUCGGGGGUCACACAUCCACUGGUGGCAACACCAGCCACAGGGAGGGGUGCUGGGCAGAUGCGGAUUAAUGGCUCCUAGGCCCAGAGUGCCAUGGCAGUGGAGCCCAGCCAGUGUUGGACUUGCUGGUGUCAGAGCAGUCAGCCUCAGAGGAGGUCACUGCCCCCUCCUGCCCCACCCUUUGAGGGUUCUAUUUUUUGUUGGGAACUGGGAUGUCCCCAGCUUCUAAAAAUCACUUACUAAGUAGUGCUGUGUACAUGUGAGAGAUUCAAAUAGUAUAAAAAGUGUAUAGUAAAGGUCAACUUGCCCCUGUCCCAGCCCACCAGCAUCCUGAUGCUGGCUUCCUGGGGCCUUCUGGCCUUGCAGGUGUGGGUGCUGGUUGAGAGGACAGUCUCUGGUGCCUGGGUUCAAGGCCCGGCACUCUCUCCACAGCCGUGCCUCCGUGUCCCCUUGGCAAGCACCAUCAAUGUGUCAGCCAUCCUUCAUUACCAGAAUAAAAGCAUGUGUGUAAGAUACAUCCCCAUAUAAAUUUUGUAAUUUUAAAACAUUCCACACACAAAAUUUGAAACGCAAAAUUGUAUAACAGUAACUAAACACACCACCUAGAGUUUACAAAUGCUGAUGUUUUGCGGCAUUAAUUUUAGAUCUAUUUUUAAGAAAGAAAUCCCUGUAGUUACUGCCUAAUCCCCUUCCCACCCCACCCUUUUAUUUUUACUCAAGGAACAGCAUACUAUUCAUACUUGUGCCCUUUUUCUCUGCAACCUAAUAUAUCUGGAGAUCUUACCCCUCGGUCAUGGAGCUCUGCCCCCUUCUCCUAACAGCUGUUCUGCCUUCUCUUGCUUAGAGGCACUGUCCCCUCCUGGAGGCCUGUGAGUCAUCUCUCGUCCCACGCUCUGACACACACCCUGUAUGUGAGGGCCCUUGUAUAUGCCUUGCCUCCCUGUGCACUGGCAAGAGGACCGGUGACAGAAGGCUUCGACACAACGGCCAUUUCGAUGCUAUUGUAAGUGACCUUUGGAAGUGGUUGUAUGACAUUAGAAAUUGAAACAAGAAGAAAGAAGAUAAAAGGGAGGGAGAAAGGGCAAGGAGGUGAGGGAAAGCAAGUGAGGGGUAGCCAUGUGAGGUUUUGAGCACAGGCUCCUGCAGGCCACCGUGGACAAGAAGUAUGAUCUUGUUUUAAAGCUGACCCCUGUUCCCGAGAACAGGUGCUGUUUCUGAGCCUUGAACUCAGCAUCAUGAGGGUCCUGGGGUAUGGAGAACAUGCAAGGAGAAGGACUUGCUGGCUGUGGGCACACAUGCACAUGGCAUUAGCUGGUUGGCUGCAGAACAACCCAUAUUUCUGCUGUGUCACUGGGUGCUGAGACCACCAGAAACCAGGGCCUGCUUUCCUCUCCCAAGAGGCUGGGGUGGGAGAGCUCAUGUGCAGCAUGCCAAUAAUACUUUUCAGCAAAGCAAACAGCCAGGAGGAGUUGUUUUUUGGAGGGGGACAUUCCCUCCUUUUCUCGCAGUCAAAUCCCAAAUUAUUGCUGGGCUAGAGAAAAGGUGAUCUCAGAGGUGCAGGCCUGCCUGCACCUCAGUACUGGAUGUGGCACAUUAAUUACCCAGCUGCUGCAAGGCCUGUCCGUACCAUGGGGCCCUAACAUGUGCUCAGAGCCAGCAGGCUGAGAAUGCACCCUCAGCUCCUGGAAGAUGGGGCUGCUGGCCAUGCAGCAGAUGCCCAGGCAUGUACAAGGGUGAGUUUUACAGAGUGAACAUAGAUGGGUCAGCCACCAGCUUUAUUGACUCCUAAAAGCCAUGCCCAGGGCCCCUUUCCAAGGCAUCAUACUUUUAUCACAUUGCACAGUCACAGCUUUGGGGGGUGGGGUCGGGUCUGGUGCUUGGUCCCAUCAUCUGCCACAGCAGCAGACCUUUGAACCUAACUAAGCCUUCCCUCAGGGCUGCCACCUUCCAGUGACUUUCCUAGUAGCGUAGAGCUUCCCAGACCUUGCAUCUCCUCCAGCAUGAGGAGAGGCAUGAGCAUGAGCUGACUCAGCAGGAGAAGUCCUGUGGAGGGACUGGCAGAGCCCAGCUUUGGUACCCAUCCCCAGCUAGCUAGUCACGUAGACAGCAUCCUCUUUCCCCUGCUUCUCCAACUUAAAACAAUCCUAUUAACCCAUAACCUUGGCAGAGACAAGAGGAUCCCUCCUCCACCAGUGACCCCCAGGCAAAGUUUUGGCCCAUGCCAGCCUGUUGGCAGGGGUGGAGGCAGGCAGAGCCCAGUGCAGUACAAGGAGGGUACUUUUGAUGCACUCCUCACUCCCAGAAAAAGGUGCUGCAGUUGGGCCUAAAGACCACACAUGGCCUAAUGACCCACAGGGCCCGCGCCUUGGCACAAGCAGGGUGGUGGCCCAGGGGCUGCCUCAAGGAGGAUGAGCACUAACUGGUACAGGAGACAGAGCCCUGCCCUUCCUGGGAACCCAAUACUAUAUGGAUGUUGGAGCAAAUGGCCAUGAUGGCCAAGAGACAAGACUAGAGAAUCCUGUAACACACCCCUGCCCUUAUCCUAUAGCCAACAGCCCCCUAAGAGAGCCAUAUUUACUGAGACUGACUGUCCUCCACCUAGGGUGAUCUGAGUGAGCUGUUGUGCAGAGACCACACAGUCUCUGCCCUCCCUGGCUCUCGGGAGACAGGCACAAAUUCUUGAAAACCUCACUCUCCAACCUUCACACGUGUCCUCAGGGCCCUGGACCAAGGCCAGCCUGGAGAACUGUGGUCCUACCUUUUGCAGAGCCCACUUGGUUGCAAGCUUGUGGAGUCCGGCUCUGCCACCAUGAGGCGCUGCUGCGGGGUCACAUCUGAGGGCUCUUCCUCAGCUCCCCGUCUGCAGGGAGAGAGAUGUGAGGAGAGGAUUAGAGUCUUUAAGGCUAGAGUACAGGUUCCUUGAGGAACUAUCAGGGCUCCAGAACAAGCCUGAGAAGAAGUCCAGGACACCCUGGAUGUCACUCAGAUCUCAGUGUGAGCCACAGAGAAGGACCAAGAGCGUGGAAAGACUUAGCCUUUCGCCACUUGAACUCUGACCUCCACCUACACCACCAAAGCAAUUUUUUCUAGGCAUUUCUGACUGCAGCUUUCCAGAUGCUUCUGUCAAGGCUGGCGGCCUGCUUUUCCUUUCCCAACAAGGCCUCACUUCCUAGAGCUGCCCUAGCUGGUAACUGGGUAGAAGCGGGCAGGCGGUGGGAGGAUUGGAUCCCCAGUUCUGGCGUUGCCUUUCUCCUGGUCUGCUAGGUCCCUGCAGGCAGGGGCUUCGGAGGCAGUGCUGUUUCCUUAGAGUACGCACUUAGUAGACAGUUGAUAAGUGGAAGGGAGGUAGGAGGGAGGGACGGAAGCGUUCACACCUCUGACUGUCCAUGCAUGGCAUCCUCCUGCCUGUGUGUCCAGGAACAUUUCAAAUAAAAUUUUGGGAAAGCAA